AUGGAAUACAGUUUGGAGCAAUUGAACUAUUUUAGAGCCUCGUACAUCGCCUUCAACUUAAUUCCUGAAGGGCUUCGAACAGUCUUCAAACAAGAGUGGGAUUUCUUUUACAAGGCAACAGCGUUUGGAGAAUGGAAGGACACCCCUAAAAAUGGCCUCGAUUUCUACAACAAGGAAUCACGAAUUAACCACAAAAGAUAUGGGCGACUUUUAGCGAUAAUACAAAGUGGAAACACGGCAGAGUGGGACUGCACUUGUCUAUUUUUCGCAAUAUUAUACUCGGAUACUAUUGGCAAAACACUGAGUCCGGGAAUAAUGAAAGAAGUUGACGAUCUUCGGGAAGUUCGAAACGCAAUCGCUCACAAAAACGACGCUGAACUUAUUGAUGCUGAAUUCCAAAAUUAUGUUGCAAGAGUGUUAGCUGCUUUCACAUCAUUGAAACUUCCAAUUAAUGAAGUUGAUGAUAUAAAAAACCAGACCGACUUUCCCACAGCCGAACUCAAUGCUCUGAAACUACAGGCAGAUAGCCUACGAGAUGACUUACAAACGAAAGAGCAAGAAGCCAAAAAUCUGACCUCAGAAUUACAGACGAAGAAGGAAGAAGUUGAGACCCUAACUCAGGAAAUCAGUUCCAAAGUUCAGUCUUUUGUUGACCUUACAUUCAAGCCAUCACAUCCGAUCAUCAGACGAUCAAACGAUGUCACAAGAAUCAUGAAAAAACUGGACGAACUACAAAAUGAAAGCAAAGGAGCCAUCAGCACCGUUUAUUUAUCAGGGAUUCCGGGCUGUGGCAAAAGUCAAAUCGCUCGUCAACUGGGACAAGAAGUCUAUGAGAAGAAGUUGCGUGAAAGCAAAGACCUGACAUUUGUGGCAACUCUUAAUGCAGAAAGCCUUGAUUCACUUGCAGACUCCUAUUCUAGACUGGCCAAAAAGGUGGGAAUCACAGAAUACACUUUGACCAGCCUGGAGAAUUCUACAAAGGGAAAUCCAAAGGAACAAGUCCAGUGCCUUAAGCGAUUAAUUUGUCCAAAGGCGAAAAAAUUCCCUAACUGGCUGAUAAUUGUAGAUAAUGUUGCUGACCUUUCCAUGGUACGUAAGGAUCUGCCUCCUACCGGAAGUGAAGAAUGGGGUCAUGGCCAGGUGCUGAUAACUACUCAGGAUAGCAGUUCGAUACCGUCCAAUGCUCCUCUAACUUGCCAUGAGUCUCUCAGCAGAGGAAUGCAUCCCGAUGACGCAGUAAGCCUGUUACAACAGGUAUCUCAGAUUCAGAAUCAAGAACAGGCUGAAAAGGUCGCUGAGGUUCUUGAGUAUCAGCCACUCGCUCUCGCAGCCGCUGCCUUUUAUGUGCAAACCGUUAGGGACAAUGGUUCUCCAAACUACAGUUGGACAAACUACUUGGAAAGACUUUCCCACGGGGGACGCGAAGCAACAGAAAAAGUUCUUGCAAACGAGAACACAGCGUAUUCCAAGACAACAACUUCUGCCGUCAGAAUGGCAAUUACCAGUGCUUUAGAAAGUGAUGCAGUUCUUCGGCAGGUAUUUUGUUUGUUUUCGCUUUGCGCACCUGAGUCUCUUCCAAUGGAAAUUGCUGUUGACUUUGUUAAGUUGCGUGGUACCCUGAAAAUAGACGAACUGAUUAGAGCAAAAUGUUUUAAAUCCUCUUUAUUUUCCUGCUUGUGUGACGAAGAAGGCACAGGUACUUUUAUAAGGAUGCAUAACAUUGUUCAUGAAGUGCUUAAGUCAAUUAUGACAUUUGAAAUGGAUAGACUUCAGUGUAUUUCUGUUGCUAUUGAGAGUUUUCAUUCCUACAUGGAAACCAACAAAAAUUUAAUGCGUUCAAGUAGGCGUGUGUUUGCUAAGUUGCGCAUGACAGCGAGUCAUUGUAACGUAUUACAUGAGAUUCUAAGUAGUUGUUUCGCUCGGAGUAAUUGGGAAAUAAUUCUAAGAGCAAUUACCCCAGCUAAGUUAAUUUCGUGGCUGUCCUUAGCUGCUGAUGUUUGCUGUGAUCUUGGUAAUCCAUCACAGGCAUAUGCCUUUAGUUCAUCAGGAUGUAAUUUUGUAAAUUUUCUAAAUGAUUCACCAAAAGACCAGUUAUUAACAGCUUGCACCUACAGUACACAGGGGAAUGUUUACAGAAACCUCGGCCAGUACAGAAAAGCUAAAGAAUACCAUGAGAAGGCCCUUACCAUCAGAAACAAUAUUUACGAUGAACACCAUGGUGAAGUCGCAGCAAGUCUUAACAACCUGGGAACUGUUCACCGGAUCCUUGGCCAGUACAUUCAAGCUAAAGAGUACUAUGAAAAGGCUCUCAAGAUAAGAAAAGAGAUUUUCGGGGAGAACCAUGGUGACGUAGCAGCAAGCUACAACAAUCUGGGAUGUGUUUGCGACCAGCUUGAUCAGUACAGCCAAGCUACAAAAUAUUAUGAGAAGGCUCUCGCCAUAAGAAAAGAGAUGUAUGGAGAAACACAUGUUGACGUGGCAGCAAGUUACUUCAAUCUAGGUCGUGUUCACACAGACCUUGGCCAGUACAGUCAAGCUAAAGAUUACCAUGACAAGGCUCUAAGCAUCAGACAAGAGAUUUGCGGUAAGCUCCAUGCUGACGUAGCAGCGAGCUACAAUAGCCUGGGAAUUGUUUACAGUAACCUUUGCCAGUACCAUGACGCUAAGGAGUACUACGAGAUGGCUCUGAUCAUUAGAAAAGAGAUUUAUGGUGAGCACCAUAGUGAUGUAGCAGAAAGCUACAACAACCUUGCAACUCUUAACAGUGAACUUGGCCAAACCUGGCAAGCUAAAAAAUACCAUGAGAAGGCCUUAACUUUAAACAAAAAGAUUUACGGUGAACACCAUGGUUACGUUGCGGCGGGCUACUACAACCUUGGAAUUGUUUACAGUGAUCUUUGCCAGUACGGUGACGCUAAAGAAUACUAUGAGAAGUCUCUGACGAUUAAAAAAGAGAUUUACGGCGAAUAUCAUGGUGACGUGGCAGCAAACUACAACAGCCUGGGAAAUGCGAACCUUUGUCUUUGCCAGUACAGAGAAGCCAAAAUCUGCUUUGAGAGGGCUCUGGUCAUUACAAGAAAGAUUUACGGCGGGCGGAACGGGCCGGAAGUGGCAAGAAGCUACGAUAACCUGGGAAGUGUUUACAAAAAUAUUUGCCAGUACAGUGAGGCUAAAGAAUACCAUGAAAAGUCUCUUAUCAUAAGAAAAGAGAUUUACGGUGAACACCAUGGUGAUGUAGCAGCAAGCUACAACAAUCUUGGAAUUGUUUGCAGUGACCUUGGCCAGUAUAGUCAAGCUAACGAUUACCAUGAGAAGGCUCUAACCAUUAAAAAAAAGAUUUACGGUGAACACCAUGGAGACGUAGCAAUAAGCUACAACAAUCUGGGAAUUGUUUACAAAGAACUUGGCCAGUACAGUCUAGCUAAAGAAAACUACGAGAAGGCCCUAUCCAUCAGAAGAGAGAUCUACGGUGAACACCAUGGUCACGUAGCGCAAAGCCACAACAACCUGGGGGAUGUAUACAUUGCGCUCAGUGAGUACGACCAAGCUAAAGAACAUCUUGAAAAGGGUCUGGCCACGAGAAAAAAGAUUUACGGUGAACACCAUGGUGACGUAGCAAAAAGCUACUACAACCUUGGAAGGUUAUACAGUGACCUUGGAAAGUGCAGUGAAGCCAAAGAACACUUUGAGAAAACUCUAACUUUGUGUAGAGAAAUUUACGGUGAACACCACGGCGAAGUAGCCACAAUCUACAGCAGCCUGGGAGAUGUUUACAUUAAGCUUAGCCAGUUCAAUGAAGCGAAACAACACCUAGAGAUAAGUCUCAAAAUAAGAAAAGAGAUUUAUGGUGAACAUCAAAAAAAUCAUAAAAAAGUGGCAUCAAGCUACUUCAGCCUAGGAAGGGUUUACAGUAAGCUUGGUCAGUACAGUCAAGCUAAAGAAUACUAUGAGAAGGCUUUGACCAUUAACAAAGAGAUUUUCGGUGAACACCAUGAAGACGUAGCACAAAUCAAAAACAACCUGGGAAAUGCUUACAUAGAACUUGGCCAGUACACUCUGGCUAAAGAGCAUCUUGAGAAAGCUCUCACAAUUAGAAAAGAGAUUUUUGGUGAACACCAUGAUUACGUGGCACAAAUCAAAAACAACCUGGGAAAUGCUUACAGAAAACUUGGCCAGUACACUCUGGCUAAAGAGCAUCUUGAGAAAGCUCUCACAAUUAGAAAAGAGAUUUACGGUGAACACCAUGAUGACGUAGCAGAAAGCUACUUGAACCUGGGAAAUGUUUACAGUGGCCUUGGCCAAUACAGUGACGCUAAGGAGCUCUAUGAAAAGGCUCUAGCUAUUGUAGAAACGAGUUUCGGUGAACACCAUGGUCUGAGCUUG